AUGUUUACAUCCAUAAUAGUGGUGAAAUCUAUUGAAUGUGUAUGGGGGGGGAAACGAGAAGGUAACAACAUAUACGAUUUCAACAUAAUUUUGAGAAGUACAGUUGACACUAUAAAGCAGCGUCGAUUAAACGUCACUUCCAUAAGCUCUUCAUAGACGACAUCAACAGAGACAAAGACUGUGAAGAUGGGAGGAGCAGUGAGUGCGGGGGAGGACAAUGACGAGUUGAUUGAUAACCUGAAGGAGGCCCAGUACAUCCGUUCGGACCUAGUGGAGCAGGCCUUCAGGGCCAUCGACCGGGCCGACUACUAUCUGGAAGAGUUCCGGGACAGCGCCUACAAGGACCUGGCCUGGAGGCACGGCAACAUCCACCUCUCAGCCCCCUGCAUCUACUCAGAGGUGAUGGAGGCCCUGGACCUCCAGCCUGGCCUCUCCUUCCUCAACCUGGGCAGUGGCACGGGCUACCUCAGCACCAUGGUGGGACUCAUACUGGGUCCAUUUGGAGUGAACCAUGGUGUGGAGCUGCACCAAGAUGUCAUUGAGUAUGCAUACCAGAAACUGGAGUUCUUCAUCAAGACCAGCGACAGCUUCGACAGGUUUGAGUUCUGCGAGCCCUGUUUCGUGAUAGGGAACUGUCUGGAGAUAGCCCCAGAGAGUGGUCAGUAUGACCGGGUGUAUUGUGGAGCUGGGGUGCAGCGGGAGCAGGAAGACUACAUGAAGAACCUGCUCAAAGUAGGAGGAAUCCUAGUGCUGCCGUUGGAGGAAAAGUUGACCAAGAUUACUCGAACAGGUUACAACAGCUGGGAGACCAAAAAGAUCAUUGCUGUGUCAUUUGCCCCACUGGUGUUGCCCAAACACAGAGACAACAGUAAACCUAAAGCAGUGCCUUUACCGACCAUGUUUAAGGUGCGGACUCUGCAGGACUUGGCUCGCAUUUCUAUCCGCCUGACGUUGAAGAAGACAGUGGCAGGGCCAGGGCCGUUGCCCAGGAGGAGGAUGGCCCACAGCGGGGAGCGGUUCCGACGGAGGCAGGCCCAACACCGUGGCUCCACCUUGCUCUCCAACCGCUACGUAUUCAUGAGCCGCCUCAUCCCCGGGCCGAUGGACAACAACAACAACCGCUCUGGAACCGACACUGAAGAAGAGCAGGAGGACGAGGUGGAAGAAGAGGGGAACUGCAGGGUUCUAGGAGAUCCUGAGGAAGAGGAGCAAGAGGAGAGGAGGGAGGGCGGUGCCCUUCUACAUGAGGCUCCAGUGAACCUGCUAAGAGAGAGGAUCCUGGGUCUGCCACUCCCUGAGCCUCUGAAGAUGUACCUGCUUCACUACAGAGAGAAGUAGGGAGGGACAGGAGACGUGAAGCUGUGCGCCCAUUCUAUAACUUGUUCCCAUCCCUAUGCCCUUGUUGACUCCCCUUUCUGGAUUCAGAAGUAAUGGAUGUGUAAGAAAUAGGCUGAUAACUCCAGUGGAAUGGCUGAAAUGAGUUCCCACUAUUUUUUAUACAGCCUACCUAAUAAGUUGCAAGUCAACAACAGGUGAAUUUGAAAUCACCCCCUAAAAACGUAAUGUUGAAAUGAAUAUCUAGAAGAAUUGGAUAAGUAGAAGCAAUAUAAUAAUGGCACCAUCUCCCCCUCCCGAUAGCCCAGGUACGCGUAUCCAGAGGUGUCUAGGAGGUAACGGUUGAGUUGGAAAAACAAGGAUGGCGAGUUAGGGAUUGGAAGCUUACUUAGUCAGUCCCAGAGACGUCACCACCACCAGCCUCCUAGGACUAUCCCAACUCCUCUGAACACUGAAUUCUCAUGUCACUCAAUGCCCUACCUGUGAACUCCAUCUACCCAUCUUGUCUUGUGCCUGACCGUGGCACCCAGUUUCCAAGUCCUUCUUUAUUCCCUUAGAAUUUUGUAAAUGUGAUUGUUUGGAAAAUUAUGCUUUUGACUGUGACCGAACAAUUCAGUGGAGCUUUUGAGAUGGACUUACAAGUACUGAAAGCCCCAAAUGUUGUGGAAAUAUUUUCUCAUUCUGUGUUCAUAUCUUACUGCAUUGAAUGUACUUGGUGAAAGCAGGGAAUUCGUUGAGGCCAUUUCUGUUCAGGCACAUGUCGAGGGCUCCAGGCAUUAAAGUAUAGUAACACAUUUUUGCACACAGUAGGUAUAGAAAUGAAAUGACCACAUUGUCAAACAGCAUUAUCCAAAUUCACUCGUUUUGUGAAUUCUUUCAUCAAAUCUUUUCAAAUAAUGGGAGACUGUAGAACACCCCUGGAUUAGGGGUAAAAAGUGAAUGAGUGUGGGAUAGCAAUUUACCAUUGGGUUCUUAAUGCAGAACUGUAAUCAAAGUAGUGAAGAAUGUAUGUGUAUCCACCUGUGAAGGAAUUUAAGUACUAAUUUGUCUACAUUGGAACUUCAGUGUAAUGCUCUUUGAUGGUGUUUAUCGGUUGUUUAUAAAAUGUUUUGUCUUAUG